AAGCCAAAAUAUCUCACGAAUUUAGGGAACCCACGCGCCCCUCCACCUUCUCUUUCCUCCAAUGGCUUCUCGAAUUUGACCUAGCUCAUACAUGCAAAAACUUCUAUCUUUUUCAGAGACCAUCUCAAAUCAAUCACAAAUAGUUUUGUGUUCUUCUUCAUCAUCAUCCGUCAAUCUUAUCUGAACCCCUCUGCGGAAAUCGGUUGUUUUUAUUUCUGUUUAGGUUAAUUUAUCGAGGGCCAAGUGAUUAUGCUUAGGGUUUCAGCAUAGAUGAUGGUAGAUUCAGUAAUUAGUAGGUUUUUGUUAUUAUUAUGUAUCAAUUGUAUGGAUAGAGAAUGCCGGAGGUGCGCAAUGGAGUACGCCGUGCACGUGCUCCUGUAGUCGAGAAGAAUAAGAGAGAAGGUAGGCCCAAUAAGCGAUCGGAGCAUUUGGUGGGUAAUCACGUUAAGACUCGAGCGGCUGCAGCUAGGGAAGCGGCGGCGGUUGGUGUUGAACCGAAGCAACAAAAGAAGCCGCGGCUGCCGACUAAGAAGAAAAAAGAGGGUUUAGCAAAAAAGCCGGUGGUUGUCAUUUCUGAAGCAGAGGAGGAUAAAAAACGAACAGAGGAAACAGGAGAAGAGACAUUCAAAGUAGCAAUGGCGGAUGGAAGCGGUGGCUUGAGCGCUAACAAGGUUACAGGCCAGGAAGAAGAAGGGAAUACCGCCCCUUUUCCUGAAAGGGUUCAAGUAGGUGGAUCACCUCAAUAUAAGGUCGAAAGAAAAUUAGGGAAAGGUGGAUUUGGUCAGGUAUUUGUUGGUCGUCGUGUAUCUGGUGGAACUGACCGCAUAUCAGGUCCUGGUGCUACAGAGGUUGCUCUUAAGUUUGAGCAUAGAAACAGCAAAGGCUGCAGUUAUGGUCCUCCAUACGAGUGGCAAGUUUACAAUACUCUGGGUGGGAGUCAUGGAGUGCCUAAAGUUCAUUAUAAAGGAAAACAAGGAGAUUACUAUGUUAUGGUCAUGGACAUGUUGGGGCCUAGUUUGUGGGAUGUUUGGAAUUCUUCUGGACAAACGAUGUCAUCAGAAAUGGUGGCUUGUAUAGCUGUGGAAUCUUUAUCAAUUUUGGAAAAGAUGCAUUCAAGAGGUUAUGUUCAUGGAGAUGUAAAGCCAGAGAAUUUUUUACUUGGUCAACCAUCAACAUCUCAAGAAAAGAAACUAUUUCUUGUUGACUUAGGGCUAGCAACAAAGUGGAGAGAAAGUACAAAUGGUCAACAUGUUGACUACGAUCAAAGGCCUGACAUGUUUAGGGGAACAGUUAGAUAUGCUAGUGUGCAUGCACAUUUAGGAAGAACAGCAAGUAGAAGAGAUGAUUUAGAGUCUCUUGCAUAUACACUUGUAUUUCUACACCGUGGUAGACUUCCAUGGCAAGGGUAUCAGGGUGACAAUAAAUCAUUUCUAGUUUGCAAGAAGAAAAUGGCGACAUCUCCAGAAAUGUUAUGUGUGUUUUGCCCUGCUCCUUUAAGGCAAUUUCUUGAGAUAGUUGUGAACAUGAAGUUUGAUGAAGAGCCUAAUUAUUCAAAGUUAAUAUCUUUAUUUGAGGGACUUUUAGGUCCAAAUCCUGCAAUUAGGCCAAUAAACACAGAUGGAGCUCAAAAGAUUAUAAUCCAAGUUGGGCAAAAAAGAGGCAGAUUGAAUCUUGAUGAAGAAGAUGAUGGGCAGCCUAAAAAGAAGGUCAGAAUGGGUGUUCCUGCAACUCAAUGGAUUUCAGUUUAUAAUGCCAGACAACCAAUGAAACAAAGGUAUCAUUACAAUGUUGCUGAUGCAAGAUUAGCACAACAUGUUGAGAGAGGAAAUGCAGAUGGAUUACUUAUAAGCUCUGUGGCUUCUUGUUCUAACUUGUGGGCCCUUAUAAUGGAUGCUGGAACAGGGUUUUCAAGUCAAGUUUAUGAGUUGUCUCCUUUUUUCUUACACAAGGAAUGGAUUAUGGAACAAUGGGAGAAGAACUAUUAUAUUAGCUCAAUUGCAGGUGCUAAUAAUGGAAGCUCUCUUGUAGUCAUGUCAAAAGGGACACAAUACUCUCAACAAUCCUACAAAGUAAGCGACUCCUUCCCUUUCAAAUGGAUAAACAAGAAAUGGAGAGAAGGCUUCCAUGUCACCUCCAUGGCCACCGCCGGGACCCGCUGGGGUGUUGUCAUGUCCCGCAAUGCUGGAUUUAGUGAUCAGGUGGUGGAGUUGGACUUUCUUUAUCCAAGCGAAGGCAUCCACAGGCGGUGGGACAACGGCUACCGCAUCACUUCAACCGCCGCCACGUGGGACCAGGCGGCGUUGAUCUUGAGCGUCCCCCGCCGUAAGCCCGGGGACGAAACUCAGGAAACUUUAAGGACUUCUCAGUUUCCAAGCACACAUGUCAAGGAGAAGUGGGCGAAGAAUUUGUAUCUUGCUUGUGUAUGUUAUGGAAGAACUGUGUCUUGAUAUAAUACACUAUGUUAUGAUGAUAGAGGAUGAUGAUGACUGUAUGAUGGAGGAAGCCAUUUGUCUUUUUGUUAUAUAUUUUUUUUAAUAUUAUUAAAAGAAGGUGUUGUUUGUUGACUUGUUUUAAAAUGGUAAAAGAAGUGAUCGAUGGAUGUAAUGUUAGGAGUUUGGAAUUUGGGAAAGUAGACUAGAGUGAUUGAUGAUGAUGUCAUCUCAUGUGUUGUAAAACGAUUGUUAUAUUUAAUUUUGAAGCUGUAUAGUUGGCUGACUCCUCCCUAAACUAAA